AGCUCACCGUCGCCCCCGCCACUCGGCACAUUCAUCGACAAUGGCGCUCUUGAGCUCGUCGAAGUCCUCGGGUAUGGAGGCUACGGUGUCGUGUACCGCGCUGUCGACACGUAUUCCCUGAAGCCGACAUCCUACGCCGUCAAAUGCUUGCCGCACUCACAGAAACGCAAUACGGCGCGCCAGCGCCAGCUGCACAUGCGCGAAAUCACUCUCCACAAGCUCGCAUCCGCGCACCCCAAUGUUGUCACCCUCCACCGUGUCAUUGAGGACUACCAAUAUACUUAUAUCGUUAUGGACUACUGCCCCGAUGGUGAUCUGUUCGCGCAGAUUUUGCACCAUCGCAGGUACCUGGGCAACAAUGCACUCAUCAAAGACGUGUUUUUGCAGCUGCUCGAUGCAGUGGAGUACUGCCAUUCCCUACAUAUCUAUCAUCGUGACUUGAAGCCCGAAAAUGUUCUUUGCUUCGAUGGCGGUCUGCGACUCGCCAUCACGGAUUUCGGCCUCGCCACAACUGACGAGAUGAGCACCGAGUUCCGCACCGGCAGUGUCUACCACAUGAGUCCAGAAUGUCAGGGCGCGUACUUCACCCCGACGCGAACGUACUCGCCGCUAUUCAACGACAUCUGGUCGCUCGGCAUCAUUCUGCUCAACCUCAUCACGGGCCGGAAUCCGUGGAAGUCGGCUGCGCCCGACGACUGCACCUUCCAAGCGUACCUCCGCGACCCCCUCCACUUCCUCCCUACAGUCCUGCCCAUCUCUGAGGAGGUGAACCAGCUUCUGGUGCGUACGCUCGAGGUCGACUGGCGGCAUCGGAUUACCCUGCGCGAGAUGCGUGCUGCGGUCAAGGAGAUCGACAGCUUC